AACGGGAUGCGAUACACUCACCUGGUCAUAGUACAGUUUAAGUCAAGGUAUGGACAGAAGCAAUUGAGGGCUCAGGCUCGUCGCGAACCGAUGAACAGAUGCUUGAGGGAGGCGUUUUUGAUGCUCAUUUGGCACACCUUUUUAUAUCUGGGCUCAUUUUCCUGACCUUCCUUGCGAGGACAUCAAGAAGCAUGCAAGGCCAGGACUGUUAUGAUUCUUCGAAGGCAUCGGAAGCAUUUCUGAUCAUUUCAUGACCGGGCGGGGACAGAACAGCCGAACGGAUGAGGAUUGG